AUGUUUGGUUUGAAUGCAUUUGACUCUUUGAAACAUUCUAAGAGUGUUGCCGGAAAAAAAUCAUAUGAUACGGUCUUUUCUCAAUCAUUUUGGAAUAAGGUUACUCAUGUUUUGGAAGUUUUUAAACCAUUAGUAGAGGUUCUUCACAUUGUUGAUGGUGAUAGGCCUUCUAUGCCAUGGUUGUAUGGGAAACUAAAAGAGGCCAAAGAAGACAUCAAAAGUGCAUUGAAUGGAGUUGAGGGGAACUAUAAACCUUUGCUAGAUAUCAUUGAGCUUAAAGGAAAAGGAAGACUUGACAAUGAAUUGCACGUAACGGCAUAUUUUCUUAAUCCGUUUUACUUUGCAAAAAAUAGAGCCGACAUUGGAGGAGCAUUAGAGGUCAUGGAAGCCAUACAAAAGUGUGUGGAAAUGUUUUUUCCGGGUGAUGAGAUUUUGCAAGGCAACGUCAUCAACAGAGAGUUGCAAAUAUAUAAGAACUUGGAAGCCAGUUUUCGAGCCAAGUUUGCUAAUUGUUAUGAAGAGAUAAAUGCAAACUCUUGGUUCUCGUUUGAUCCCGUUGGAUGGUGGAGUAAUUAUGGAGGGAGUGCUAAGAAUUUGCAAAGGAUGGCAAUUAGAAUUCUGUCAUUGACUACAAGUUCGUCGGGUUGUGAGCGAAAUUGGAGCUCAUUCGCUAUGGUCCACACAAAGAAUCGAAAUCGACUUACGACCGAAAAGUUGAAUGAUUUGGUUUAUGUCCAAUUUAACUCAAAGUUAUUUUAUAAGAAGAAAAGGAAUGACAUCCUAGAAGCUAGUGAUUACAACAAAGCUCAACAUAUGAUGGUUGAUGGAGUACAAGACGUUGAGUCGGAUGUUGAUGAGGAGAUUGAUCCCAUUACCGGAGCGACACAUAUGGAGGUUGGUGACGUUGUCCAAUUGAGAGAACCUUGCGAAGAAAAAGAAUUUGUAUCGGAACCAGAAGACAAUGAUGAAAAUAAUGAUGCUGAGUGUAGAUGGGAUGAAGAUUGA